UGGAGUAGCGUCAUGUAAACACGUUUUUACAAUCAUCUGUGUAAAAAAUAUUUUUAAAGAAAAAAUUCCAUAAUUUAUUGAAAGUUCUUAUAAAAAUUCACCAUGGGACUAACGAAGCAAUAUUUGCGUUAUAUUCCAGCCGGUAGUUUAAAUAUUAUUGCUAGUGCAAAAUGCAAUGUUGUUUUUGUUGCUUUGGAAGAUCAAGAAGGUAGAUUUGUUGCUGUUGGAGGAUGUGAACAUAUUUAUAUCUGGGAUCUCAAACUUGGAGAAAAGGCACAAGUACUGAGUGGUGAAAAAUCUGAUGUUUCAUACUUAUCAGCAUCACCAGACAAACGACAUAUAGCCGUUGGCUAUGCCGAUGGUAUAAUUAAGACCUUUCAUCUUCGAUCGGCAGAGAACAAAAGUAUUUUCGUUGGUCAUAAAAGUGAUAUUACAACUCUAGCAUAUGAUUCAUUGGGUCAUCGUUUGGCUUCUGGCUCAAAGGAUUGUGAUAUUGUCGUUUGGGAUGUCAUUGCAGAAACAGGCAUUUGUCGUUUAACAGGCCACAAAGGAAUAAUAACUCAAGUAAUGUUCAUGGAAGAAUAUAAUAUUUUAAUCAGCUCUUCGAAAGAUACUUUUGUUAAAUGCUGGGAUCUUGAUACAGAAUAUAAUUUCAAAACAAUUGUUGGCCAUCGUUCAGAAGUAUGGGCAUUUACUCUCAUAAAAAAUGAUGAGUAUCUUGUUACAGGAUGUAAUAAUAAUGAAUUACAAGUUUGGAAAAUAUCUCCUAAUAAUGCCGAAACUUCUACAUAUAUUGAUUUAGAUAACUUGAAUAUAAAUGAUGAAAAUACUGACAAAGAAAAGGGACCUUUGAAAUUUGAGAAAGUUGGUAGUAUUCUCCGCGCUGGUCGCGGUCGAGUUGUAUCUUUACGUGCUGAUCCAUUAAAAAAAGUCUUUGCCUGUCAUGGGUCUGAUAAAAGUGUGGAGCUAUUUUCUAUCACUGCGGAAGAUGAAGUGAAAAAAAAAUUAACCAAACGCCUCAAUAAAGAAAAAAAAGAAGCCGAGAAAGAAGGUAGAGAAUUAAUUAGUUCAAAUGCUGCCGCUACGUUAAAAGAUGAAGUUCAACGUCUUCAACCAAUUCAAAUUUCAAGUGCUGCAAAGUCAAUAGAUUUAGUGAUGGGUAAAGGAGGUGAAAUCCGAGUGUGUACUGGAUUAAACAAUAACAGUGUAGAAUUAUAUUCGUUAUCACUAGACAACAAGAAAAAUGAAGCUUCACGAUUGCGCUCUCUUACUAUUCAUGGGCAUCGAACUGAUAUUCGCGCAAUUUGUUUUAGCUCAGAUAAUCUCGCUUUUGCGACAGCAAGUGGUGAUGCUAUUAAAUUAUGGAACAGACCAUCAUUAGCUUGUUUAAGAACAGUAGAAUGUGGCUAUGCAGUAUCUUUAAUUUUUGUACCUGGUGAUCGACAUCUCAUUGUUGGCAUGAAAGAUGGUAAAAUGUUGAUUGUGGAUAUUGCCGCUGGUAUUAUUCUGGAAGAAAUUGCAGCACACACUGCAGAAUUAUGGAGCAUUGUGUUACUUCCAAAUAUGAAAGGAAUUGCUAGCGGUAGUAGCGAUAAAACUGUUAAAGUUUGGGAUUUUGAAUUAAUUGAUAAUACAGAUCCUGAAGUGAAGGGUAAAGUUUUAUCCUUGAUUCAUUUAAAGACUUUGACAUUAGAUGAAGGUGUACUGUGCAUUAGAAUAAGUCCUAAUAAUAAAUUCAUAGCCGUAGCGCUUCUUGAUUCUACCGUAAAAAUUUUUUAUAUGGAUACUUUCAAGUUUUUUGUUUCUCUCUACGGACAUAAAUUGCCAGUAUUAUGCAUGGAUAUAUCUAGCGACAGUACGCUAAUUGCAACUGGAUCUGCAGACAGAAAUAUUAAAAUCUGGGGAAUGGACUUUGGAGAUUGUCAUAAAUCUCUAUUUGCACAUGAAGAUUCCGUAAUGGGUUUGUGUUUUGUUCCUAAGACGCACUAUUUAUUUACUUGUGGUAAAGAUGGGAAAAUAAAAUAUUGGGAUGCUGAUAAUUUUCGGAAGAUUACUACAUUACGAGGCCAUUCUGGAGAAGCUUGGAGUUGUGCUGUAUCACCAAAUGGUAUAUGGGUUGCAUCUUCAGGUUCAGAUAAAGCAAUUAGAUUAUAUGAAAAAUCAUCAGAGCCAUUGGUAUUAGAAGAUGAAGCUGAAGAAGAGCGAGAGAAAGAAGAAAAUGAAAUGAUUUCAGGUGAAACAACGAUGGUUUCAGGACAAAAACAGCAAUUAUUUCCUUCCAGAAAAACAGUCAAUACUGAGAAAGCAGCAGAAUUGAUCUUAGAGUGUUUGGAAAUAACAAAAACUUACAAUGAAGAAUGUGCUGAAAUUAAACCACCAAAUGCUCCUCCACCAUUACCGUUAUUAAUGCAAGCUUUAAAUGUUCAAACGACGGAAGAUUAUUUAUUGGAAACUUUCAAACGAGUUCGAGCAAGUGAUAUGGAAGAAACUCUUUCACUUUUACCGUAUUCUGCUGCUUGCGAAAUCCUAAAUUAUUUACCACAACUUUUACGUGCUGGUUAUCAUUCAGAGUUGUUAUCCAGAAUUUCAUUGCAUUUAAUUAGUGCUCAUCAUGGACCAAUAGUAGCCAACGCUAAAUUGAUACCUAUUUUAGAAGAAAUCAGAGAUUUAACGUUACAAAAAAUGACUGAAUUAAGAGAUACUAUGGGACGUAAUCUUUAUGGGAUGAUAUUCAUACAACAUGAAUUAGAAGAAAAAGAAGAAGUACAGUUAUUCCGCAAUGCAACAUUAUCAAGAAGAAGAACCAACAAGAAACGCAAAAACAAAGAACGUGCCUUGAAAAGAGCUAUAUUGGCAUUGUAAAUGAUUGUAAUUAACUUUUAUCUUAUUUUUAUUUGUAGAUAAAAUUAAUAAAUAAUUUUUUUUGUUAUAAUGAAUUUAA